UUUAAGGAAAAAAAAGAGAUUAUUUACCAUAACUCCGGCCACCGGAAAAGUAUAUACAUUCAAUAAAGAAUAGUAACAAGAGCUAGCGGAGAUCGAUGGAGAUAGAGAGCGGCGACGUGACGGCGGCGGCGGCAGUGUGGGUGAAGGUGGGGGUGUUUGUGGCGGUACAAGCGCUCAUCUAUUUCAUUCUUUCCAAGUCGUCCAAUCUCUUUUCCGGCGGCAGCGGGACGCCGCCACGACCCGGCAGCUUCAAGAGGGCUCGGACCCUCAGCAUCCGCCGCAUCGUGGCCGCCUUUUCAGACUUCCCGGUCGGCGUGGACAGCUCACCGGUUUCUGCUGACGACUAAUCCCGUCAACCUUAUCUUAUCGCUUUUCAUAUUGUGUUAAUAAUAAUACGGAAUAUUCUUUGUACGGUUGAUUAUUAUCUUAUCAUUCUUAUGUAAUUGUUAGUCAAUCAAAAUAAAUACACAUUAUUUAU